AUGAAGAACGAAAAAAGUUGGAAGAAUUUGUGUCGUUUUACACUAGACCUAUUUAGGUUAAAGUUUGGUCUCGUGAUGUGUUUACUGUAUUUAGAGAAGCCUGAUCGCACCGAGGAAACCGCCACAGAAGAAGAUAUGUUUGCAUAUCGUCGACACCGCUGGAUAUUCAAUGAAGAGAAAGAAAUUAGCCAUCGGUAUUUGAAGUUUGACUUUGAAAGUCUUAUCAAAGUUGCUAUAAGUUCAGCCGGUGGCGGUGCACAGAGAUGUACAAAGGUACUGAAAUGUGUCGAAGGGCUUCAUAACAAAGGUUUUCUCUUAACAAUGGACAAUGGGACGGAAGUAUUUGCGAAGCUUCCGAACCCUAAUGCGGGCCCUGCGCGAUAUCUUAUAGCGUCAGAAGCUGCCACCAGAGAAUUUCUCCGUGAAGUAGCAAAUGUGCCUAUUCCAAGGGUCCUUGCACGGUCAUCCGAUCCCAAAGGCCCGGUUGGAGCUGAGUAUAUCAUUGAGGAAAAGGCCCCUGACUCAGCUAAUUUGAGUCAAUAUACUAUUGGGCCGCUUACCCAGUCAGAACUUUGGAGGAGUGGCCGAGAGGAUAUGGAUUUGGACAGGGGCCCUUGGCAACAAUCUGAGGAUUAUGCAAGAGCUAUAGGUGAAAACGAGGUAGCUUGGAUCAAAGCACACGCUUCCCCUAGGACGAACGCUUAUGCGUCGCUCAAAGACCCUGAGCUUCCAGGCCAUGCUCUUGCUCUCUUGUCAAAGUAUUUAGAUGCUACGCCUUAUCUUGUACCCAACGAUCCUGCGGCUAGAAUAAGCGUCCUUUGGCAUCCAGAUCUACAUCUGGAUAAUGUCUUUGUUGAUCCAGAGACAUGUAAAAUUACCAGCAUAGUCGAUUGGCAAGGUGCAAGUGUCGCCCCAUUAUUUUACCAGUCCUGCGUGCCUCGGAUGUUCCGACAUGAUGGGCCUGUCCGGGAGGGAUGGGUUGUCCCUUCACGCCCAGAAGAUUUCGAUACUCUAAGUGAGGAAGAACAGGGGCUUAUCGAUCAGGACCUGGAGAGCGAAACUAUACAUAAAUACUAUGAAGCAAAGGUCUUCCAACGCGCUCCUCAUCACUGGGAAGUCCUAAAGCAGUUAAGAGAUAUACAGCUUAGACGCAAUCCAACCUGGCUGGUGACUGGUGUUUGGGAAAAUCGGGACAUCUUCUUUUUACGUCAAAGCCUAAUUGCUAUUGCGGCUCUAUGGGAUAGGCUACGGCCGGACGAGACUACGGAGGUUCCGGUUUCUUUUACAAAGGAAGAGCUAGAUCUUCAUGCGAAGGAAGAUGAAAAUAUCACGGGUGUUGGCAAUAUGCUAAAAUUAUUUCGAGAUCAAGGGGUUCUCCCCGUGGAUGGAAUGGUGGGCCCGGAGGACUAUGAGACAGCGAAGAUCAACUGUCAAAAGUUCAAAGAUAUAUUCAUUAAAACUGCAAAGGAUGAAGAAGAAAGAGAGCUGUUUUCCAAACUCUGGCCCUACCAGGAUCAAGAAUCAUAG